AUGGGUUCUACACCUGUUGUAAAGGAUUCUGUUGGCAUCGCUCUACUUUCAGUAAUACCUUUUAUUUUUCCUACUUUGGCCCGUGGAGAAUGCUUUGGAAGGAUAACCAUUGAAGCAAUGGCAUUCAAGUUGCCAGUAUUGGACACGGCUGCCGGAGGUACCACAGAAAUCGUCCUGGAUGGCUCAACUGGCCUUCUGCAUCCUGCCGGGAAGGAGGGUGUCGCGCCUCUCGCGAAGAACAAUGUGAGGCUUGCAAGCCAUGCAGAGCAAAGGGCCUCCAUGGGGAAGAACGGGAGGGUGAAGGAGAGGUUCAUGGAGCACCAUAUGGCUGAGAGGAUCGCAGCGGUGCUGAAGGAAGUUCUGCAGAAAUCGUGGGAACACUCAUUCUUGAGCUUUGCUAUGCCCAGGAGGGAUGAAAACGGGACAAAUAUUUUCCACCCACUUGACUACCUAAGGCUUGCAAAAUAA